GCGCGAGUUGCACACUUGCGGGAAACUUUUCGCCGCCCUCGUUUGGGGUCCCGCUGGGCAGUGCGGAGCGCCAUGGUCCCCCCAGCGCUGCUAGCAGCCCUGUGGAUCGGCAGCCACUGCCUCGUCGCCGGCAGCCUCUCUUCCUCCUCCUCCACCACCGCCGCCGCCGUCCCCAGAAGUACUACAGAAACAAAGAGAGACUUCAGUGACAUUGAGAGCAAAUUUUCUUUGAGGAAACCUGAACAGCCUUAUGAAGACACCUGCUACUUAGUUCCUGGGCGAGAAAAUAGCAUGACACAAUGCAACUUCAACCACACAAGUAAAACCUUUGUUGUGAUCCAUGGAUGGACGGUAAUUGGCAUGUAUGAAAGCUGGAUUCCGAAGCUAGUGAAGGCGCUGUAUAAGAGGGAGCCGAACUCUAAUGUAAUUGUUGUUGACUGGCUAGAUCGAGCAAGCCAACAUUAUACAAUAUCUGCUAGUAACACAGAGCUGGUGGGGAAGGACGUGGCCAAAUUUGUUGACUGGAUAGAGAAGCAGUUCGGCUACUCCAUGAGCAAUGUCCAUUUGCUGGGAUACAGCCUCGGUGCUCAUGCUGCUGGUAUUGCUGGAAAGCUGACCAACAAGAAGAUCAGCAGAAUUACUGGUUUAGAUCCUGCUGGACCCAACUUUGAAUAUGCCAAUGAAACCAGACGACUUUCCCCGGAUGACGCUGCCUUUGUAGAUGUCUUGCACACUUACACCAGGGGGUCCCCGGACCGCAGCAUUGGGAUACAGAAGCCAGUGGGGCAUGUUGACAUCUACCCCAACGGAGGAAGCUUCCAACCCGGUUGUAAUCUAGGAGACACGUUGCGGAUGAUUGCGGAAAAGGGCUUUCAAGGGCUUCAAGAGGCCGAUCAGCUGGUGAAAUGCUCUCACGAGCGCUCCAUCCACCUCUUUAUCGAUUCCCUCUUGCACGAAGAGAAACCAAUCAUGGCCUACCGCUGCAAGUCCAAAGAAGCGUUUGAAAUGGGGCUCUGUUUGAGCUGCAGAAAGAACCGCUGCAACAAUUUGGGCUACAAAGUCAACAAAGUCAGGACAAAGAGAACCACCAAAAUGUACCUGAAGACACGAGCAAAGGCACCUUACAAAGGUCAUACUUCAGGUGAAAAAGACGGCAUAUUUCAGAAUUAUACAGAGACCUUCUAG